AUGGUAACCGCAGAGAAGAGCUACAAAUCAGGGAAGCACAGGUCUGAGCGAUUUUCCCAUGGACCUGCUCCUUUCCCAGUGAAAUUCCCCUUAAAAUCAGAACAAGCAGCAAUCCAUGGAAAACCCAAUUGCUGUUUUCUCCAGUUUAGCGCUAAAGAGUGGUUUUCCCCAGGAAAAAGCAGCAGGACAAUAGGAAGUAUGCAUAAGCCCAGAGACAUAUUCUGUUCUCAAAAGGCUUCUUCCUUUCCCAGGCAGCCAGUGCUAAACAUUAUGUGCAGCAUUGCUCUAGAUUACACUGACUAA